GUUUCCUUUCCGCUAGAGACAACUGCCAGAGCAGCCGAGGAGGAGGAGACCACAGCUGCGGUUGACGGAGGCACAGCCAGGGGCUCUGGGCAUGUGGGUCCCGCAGGUGUGCUGGACACUCACUUGGGCUGUGCUGCAGUUCAGCUGGCAAGCAGGGUGGCUUCUAGAGGUCUCCAGUGGGUCCUGGAGGCCGCUCACCUUCUCCCCAGCCUGGCUCACCGUGUCAGAGGGAUCAAACGCCACCUUCACCUGCAGUUUCUCCAACUGGUCCGAGGACCUUAUGCUGAACUGGUACCGCCUGAGCCCCAGCAACCAGACUGUAAAACAAGCCGCCUUCUGCAAAGGGUUAAGCCAGCCCGUCCGGGACAGCCGCUUCCAGAUCACACAGCUAGCCAACGGGCAUGACUUCCGCAUGAGCAUCCUCGCCACACGACGCAAUGACAGUGGCAUCUACCUCUGUGGGGCCAUCUCCCUGCCCCCCAAGACACAAAUCAAGGAGAGCCCUGGAGCAGAGCUGGUGGUAACAGAGAGAAUCCUGGAGGCCUCAACAAGACACCCCAGUCCCUCACCCAGGCCAGCAGGCCAGUUUCAAGGCGUGGUCAUUGGUAUCAUGAGUGUCCUAGUGGGUGUCCCCGUGUUGCUGCUGCUGGCCUGGGUCCUAGCUGCCUUCUGCUCAACAGGUGUUUCAGAGGCCAGAAGAGCUAGAAGAAAAGAACAGCCUCUGAAGGAGGGCCCUCCUGCAGCAUCUAUCUUCAGUGUGGCCUAUGAGGAGCUGGACUUCCCGGGGCGUGAGAAGACCCCAGAGCCCCCCACCCCCUGUGUACACACAGAGUAUGCCACCAUCGUCUUCUCUGAAAGGCUGGGUGCCUCAUCCUUGGGACGUAGGGGCUCAGCAGAUGGUCCUCAGGGUCCCCGGCCUCCAAGGCAUGAGGACGGACACUGCUCUUGGCCACUUUGACCUGAUGACCAGAUGCUUCAGCUGUUAGCAUCCUACAGACUCUCCGCAGAGAGCACCGGUCCAUUCCUCCAUCAAAAGGAACGUGCAGGCUACAAUGCAGCAAAGGCUCCCAGGGUCUGAGCUAUCUGGAGUGACAGCUGCCUGGAGUGACCAAUUCCAACACACGUGUUGUUGAGUGACAGUUCUAUUAAUGUGUAGCACCAGCUGGGAGCAGCAGGCAUGCCUGUUCCCUCGUGUCACAGAGUGCUGAGCUGCCCUGAGCCCAGGUCUCCUGAAGCCUGCUGCUGGGUACUGCUAUGGGCUUGAGUCACUGUAGCCUGUGCCCUCUGGGGAUCCUGUGCCUGGAAAUAGGGGAACAUGAUUAAAGACUGCCUGUGAGGCAGCCCCAUAACAAGGAGCUCCAGGUCCAGAGUAGACACAGCACCUAACGCUGCCCGUGAGAGAGACUCAGAUGGGACAUUCAUAGGCUGGGGGACCCAGGCCCCUGAACCAAUCCCAAGACCUGAAGAGUUCCUACCUCUAGGGGCUGGGGAAGCAUGAGCGCUCACCAGGCAACGGUUCUGGGAGAGUCCCUGCUGUCUUGCAUGUCCAGCUCUUCAGCUGGGAAACUGAGGCAAUGAGGGGAACCAACAGAGUUAGAAACCCACCCAUACCUCCUGUGAGGUAAUUGCCUCUCCCUUCUGUCCCCCUAGGGACCAAAAAGACAUGUCCCAGGCCAGCAGCGGGGAAGGGAAAUGGGAGACACAAGUUUGACUUACACCAACUGUGGCCAUCUUGGGUAGUGAUCUGGGUGUUAGGAGGUCUCUCCAUUCAUCCUCUCCUGGAGUCCAGUUCUGGCUCCCGCUCACACUAUGGCCAUGAAGUGGGCAAAGGGUCUUAAGGGUCCCCUUGGCACUUCAGACAGUCAAGGUAGCAAGAGCCUAGCUGUCUGGUGGUCACCCAGAUGGCCAGGGCUCAGGAGUCCCUUUCCUUUGGCUCUGUUAUAAUUAAAUGGUAACAAAAGCUUUAA